AAGGCUCUUUAUGAGAUGAUUAGAUGCUGCAUUCGCGCAGCCUGUGGCACGUUUCAUGCCUCCCCCCGCAGGGACGCUCUCAGGCAAGCAGGAGGCCUCUCUACCCACAGAACCCCCCCAGCACAGCCGCCUGCCCCCAGGGGAUUCAUCCCCCUGAGCUACCAGGGACCCCCCCAGGCCCACAUCAGACCACCCCCCUCCCGUCCCGCUCGUUCCCGCUGCAGGCUGCCGCCCCAGGUCCGGGUCCGCCGCGCCGUUCCCGCGCUGUGCCGAGGGGCGGGCAGGGCGCUCCGGCUCCUCUCUAUGGUACGCGCCGCUCUAUCCCCCUCGUCCUCACGGCCUCAGACCGCCCGCAGCCCCUUCCCGCUGCCUUCGGCCCGUUCAGCCCGUCAGAACUCUUCUCUCUCCACAGCCCCACUCAGGAGCUGUCACCGCAGCCCCGCGGGAACACCCCACCGAACUCCGGUAUCCCACCCUCUCUAUGGCCGCGAGGAGCCGCUCUGCUCCGCGGUCGCCGAGCGACGCGCCCUCUCUAUGGUCCCUCGGGCGACAUGUGGCGGCUGCUGCUGGGCCGCGGCGGCUUCGCGCGCUACUUGCCAUCGCCCGCCCGGCCCGCGGCCUCCGCCGCCCCUGACUCUGCCGACAGCCGCGGCUCCGCGCGGUGCGGGGCCCGCCAUGGCCGCGAGCGUGAGGGACGGCGGCAGCCGCUGCCCGGCCUGCUGCCGCGUUACUCCGUGCUGGACGCCGUCACCUGGGGAGCACUGGCCGCGCUCCUGCUGCAGCUGGUCAGGCAGAUCUCGUGGCUGCGAUCGCUGCCGGACGCCAGGAGGGAGCCCAGGCUUCCCUGGUUGCCAUCGCUGCCCGCACGGCACGCAGUGGUGCCUGAUGCCUCAGCCGGCCUUCCCUGUGCCCAGCUGGGGCCCUGCUUCCUGCAGAAUGCAGAGCUUGCACCAGAGAAUUCAUCCUCAGGCAUCCCCUCGGGGCUAGGAGAGAGGCAGCUGUGGGCAGAAGAAGGGGAGUUCCCAGUCCCUCAGUGCUCCAGCCUGAGGCCAGUUCCGCAGAGUACAAAGGAAAAUCCAGCUCAGCGAGAGCAUUUGGAAGAAGCUGCUUUUCAGUUGCAACAGAUUUUCCGGGUUGAUAUUUCCAUUGCAUUCAAUAUCCUUGGGAUUGAAAGUAUGAGAGCAGGCCAUUACCAGAUAGGCUAUACCUGCUUCAAACUGGCAGCAGAUCGAGGCUACACCAAAGCCCAGUUCAAUGUGGGUCUGUGUUAUGAGCAUGGCAGAGGCACAGAAAAAGACUUGGAAAAGGCAGCUCUUUAUUACUACCGUGCAGCCAGCAGCUGUCACCCCAUGGCACAGUACCGCUAUGCUAGAUGCCUCUUAUACCACAGUCCUGAAAAUGAAUGGCAUAGGCUUCAGAAGGCAGUGACUUUCCUGGAGCAAGCAGCAGAAGCUGGACUUACAGAGGCACAGGCUUAUCUCGGAGUGUUCUACAUGAGGGGGCUACAACCUAAGGAAAAGAGAGGUCUCAAGUACCUAUUGCUGGCAGCAAAGAAUGGUGACGCCCAAAGCAGAUACCACGUGGGCGUUUGCUAUGAGAAGGGCCUUGGAGUGCAGCAAAACCUGGCAGAAGCGAUGAGACACUAUCGACAGUCAGCUGCUGCAGGGAACAGGAAUGCUCAGGAGAGGCUGCGAGUGAUAGAAGAGGAGAUGGAAGAUGUGCGAAGAAAGCACCCAUUUCCUUUCGGAAUGAGAGCCUCUUCCUCCAGCCCCUGUUUCUGGGCCACCGAGCACAUGCCUGCAGGUCUCCAUACCUUCCAGCCAAGACAACCUGCCCUCACCCUGCCCCACUCCUGGAGUGCAGACAGGCUCCACACAAUGACACUCGGCGGCGCAGAAUGGAGCCAUGCCCUAGGAAACAGGGCAAGUCCACUGGAGCUGCAGGGUUUGGAGCCCCACCACUGUGGUUACUAGAGCAGCUGCUGCCAAGCUGCCUACAGAACAGGAGCACUGUCAUCCAGUCCAAGGCUCUUCCCACGUGCUGACAGCUGCCGCAGAAGCCCCGAGCCU